UGGUGGUAUAAAUUCGAGCCUCUCGCCGCCUGCAGCGCGCUCUCCUCUCGUCUGUGUUUGUUGGGGUAGUGAGAUCAAAGCUGAGUUAGACUGAAGAUGGCUGCAGGCAAGGCUCAAAUUGGAAAGCUGGCCCCAGACUUCACAGCCAAGGCGGUGAUGCCAGACGGACAGUUCAACGACCUGAAGCUGUCUGACUACAGAGGGAAAUAUCUUGUCUUUUUCUUCUAUCCACUGGACUUCACCUUUGUGUGUCCAACUGAGAUCAUCGCUUUCAGUGAUGCUGCCGACGGCUUCCGAAAUAUCGGCUGUGAGGUCAUCGCCGCUUCUGUCGACUCACACUUCUCCCAUUUCGCAUGGACCAACACGCCACGGAAGCAGGGCGGUCUGGGUGCCAUGAAGAUUCCCCUGGUAUCUGACAUACGGCGCACCAUCUCCACCGAUUAUGGUGUCCUGAAGGAGGAUGAGGGCAUUGCUUACAGGGGUCUGUUCAUCAUUGACGACAAGGGCAUCCUGAGACAGAUCACCAUCAACGACCUCCCAGUUGGACGCUCAGUUGAGGAGACCAUGCGUUUGGUCCAAGCCUUUCAGUUCACUGACAAGCAUGGAGAAGUGUGUCCAGCCGGCUGGAAGCCAGGAAGUGACACCAUCAAACCUGACGUCCAGAAGAGCAAAGACUUCUUCGCCAAGCAGUAAUAAAGCCAAGCCCAGAGUCUGCAGCUUGCUGUAGGAGAUUUAAUUUAGAGAUUACAUUUCCAGAGAACAUUAUUUAAGUCCGCCGCCAUGCCUGUGGAGGACCCGUUAGAAGACAGUUUUUGUGGGUGUUCUGUUGUGUGUAGAGUGAACAGUGCACUUAUGACCAAAUAAUAUCAUUGUGUAAUUAUGUAGUGGUAAAGUAUGCUGUUUUCACUGUCAGACUGAGCUAAAUGUCUGCUUGUUCGUUCCUGUCAUUCCUUACUAAUGUUAGAUGUUAACAGUUUUAUUGGAAUGAGGCCACAAGCGCCUCUAAAUUAUAUUGUACCUUUUUUUUAUUUUUUUUUACAGUGAACAACAUGUGUUCUUUCAUCUAAAUAAAAUGUAUAACACUCUCCUAAAGGAA